ACUCAAGUUGUGGUAACGAAUAUAACACAAACACUCAUCGGCUAUUUUGUGAUCUUGUGUGCAUAGUAAUUGUUUCUGGUGAAAUAGAACUUGAACAUAAAAAGGGCGGAGCUUAACCAAAUUGCAAUUAGUAAAAGCACAAGCCGCAAGUACAAAAAACAUGUCUGUGGUGUCAGAGCCCGAAACAGAAGCUGAGUCACUCAAUGUUUUGUGCGCAAUUUGUAACGAAUUUUACAAUGCAAACGAUAUAAUAUAUUCUACAAGUUCCUGUGGCCAUAUUUUCCAUCUGGGCUGUCUGAAUCGUUGGCUAAGGCGCUCUACUACCUGUCCACAAUGCCGAGCCGUUUGUCACCGCCAACGUAUACAUCGCAUUUACUUGAAUUUCGCUGCGCGCUCUCACGAUGACAAUAAUGAUAUGGGACGUUUGCCAAUUCAGUGGGUGCCCAUCGAUUUAAGUGAUCCUUCUGUUGCGAUUGAGCUCGACGGUGCUAUUCAAAGUGGAUCCACACCACAGGGAUACGAUACGUACGUGGCUCGUGCAUAUUAUCAGGAAGAUCUUUUGCCUGGUGGCUAUGCACCUCAAGCGCGAGCUGUCUUUGCAUCGCAUGGGUGUCAUGCUCGUCAACUCAGUUCUAUAGUGGACCUGUUGAUACUCACGGAUUGCGAAUAUAAAUGGGAGACGUCCCAAAAUGGUCAGGUUCCAACGAAUGCCCUUGUGGCGGGUUACUCGGAGUUGGGUGAAGUCUUGUACACCGGUCGUGGCGUUCAUCAGGGCCAUACAAUCUUGGGCAAAGUGCAUCCAUCGCAUCAUGUGCUCUACAUGCCUUACAAUGACCAGGAAGUAAAUGCUAGCACUUAUGAAGUGCUGGUGGUCAUACCCAAGGAACAGGCCGAACGCUAGUCUUACACUCUGAAUCUGAAUUUCAUCUAAGCAUGAUUAUUAUUUUUAUAAUAUUACCACUUAGCUUUAAAAACAUAUAUGUACAAUUUCGAAUUUGAAAUCAAAGUCUUGAAAAUUUGUUGUUUAUUAAAGUUGUUAGUGUUAUGUACUUAAAUAUGUUGGCAAACAUAUUCAUGUAUACAUAUAUUAACAUAUAUACAUAUAUGUAUGUAUAUAUAUAU